UGUCCUGCAGCGCCACCACCGGCAGGGCGAGUGUACUGCAAGCUGCUACAGCAUGCGUGCCAGCUGCUAGUCUCCGUUAGCUGCUUGUAAUAGCGAGUUAAUACAGGCUCAGCUCUUAAGAUUAACGUAUUCUACCAUUCAUCGGAUGUACUCCUAACUUCAUUUGUGAGCUUCCGAGGGCGCUGCGAGAGAGUCCAACCGUCAUUAACCUCAUCUUUGUGUCGAAGCUAAUCAGGCUAACGCUUACUAAGCCGCUCCAUAGAAUAAUGGCUGCUGUGGUCAUCCCUGCCUGCACCAGCGCUCUUCUGUUGGACAUCGAAGGCACAACCACGCCGAUCACCUUUGUGAAGGCGUGGAAUCUGCCUCUGCCUUGUCCUCCCUGGACUCAGACUUCAUAUCUGGUGUUGUCCUUCAGACCUGGGCAAAGAAGCCACGUCAACAGUGGCAAGAACGACAUUCUGUUUCCAUACAUAAAGGAGCAUCUUGAGGACUACCUGUCCACUCAUUGGGAGGAGGACGAGUGCAAGCAAGAUGUUCAUCUCCUGAAAAAGCAGAUCGAAGAAGACAUGAGACAGAACCGGGCGUGUCCCUUCCACGCCGUGGACCAGACGGUCCACACGGAUGAGGAGAAGGCCAUCCGCGAAGUGGUGGACAACGUGCUGUGGCAGAUGGCGGCCGACAGGAAGUCCACGGCGCUCAAACAGUUCCAGGGUCACAUGUGGCGGUCGGCGUACGCCUCGGGGAGAAUCAAAGGCGAGAUCUACCAGGACGUCACGCCCUCCAUCAGAAGGUGGCGAGAUCACGGACUCAAGAUCUUUAUCUACUCCUCGGGCAGCGUGGAGGCCCAAAAACUUCUCUUUGCACACUCAGUAGAGGGCGACGUCUUAGAUUUAUUCGACGGCCACUUCGACACGACCAUCGGCGCCAAAGUGGACGCCAAGAGCUACGAGAGAAUGGCGGAGAGGAUGGGCUGUCCUGCGGAGGAAAUCACUUUCCUGACAGAUGUCACUCGAGAGGCCAAAGCAGCGCAGGACGCAGGCGUGCAGGUGGUGUUGGUGGUGCGACCGGGUAACACGGAGCUGACGGACGAAGAGAGGGCCCACUAUGACAUCAUCGCGUCCUUCGAGCAGCUGCAAGUGGCGGGACGAGUUUAGCCGCAAAAAGACGGAUCGGCGCUUUUGGUUCUUUUCCCCGUCCCGACUGUUUGGCGCCUCGCGGGCGGUCCAGGUGCUGCGGGACCCGCAUUGCCUCACAGGAACUUAAGUUCUGGUUUUUCUUUUUAUACCGAGGAAACUUGUUGUGAUGUCUUAUUUAAAUGUGCCAUCCAGUCUA